AUGUAUAGAGUAGCAACUAGAAACCUUUUUAAAUUUAAUUGGUUUGGAUUUGGAAAUAAGAAUGUUAAUAACAACAAUAAUAGUAACAAUAUAAAACAAAAUAAGAGAAAUAAUGAAGUGGAGGAUAACGAUGAUGAUGAAGAUGGUCUGGAUAAGCUGAUAGCUUCAACUCAGUCACUCAUUGAUAAGAGUAGGAAAGUCACAGAACUAGGUGAUAAAUAUAAAGAUACAAUGCUAAUGAAUUCAAAGUUGACCGAUGAAAUCAAAUUGCAGAAUCAGAAGAACAUACAAGAGACGAUCGAUAAUUCAAUGAAAGAGUUAGAGGAUCGUUUCAACAAUAUCGAAUUCGACGCCAAUAUGAAUAUAGUACGAAAGGAUGUAGGCAAGGCAAAGGUAGUCAACGAGCAGAUCGACUCAUUCCAGAAACGACUAGAUCAACUCUUUGUCAUUGCUAAAGAACACAUCAUAAACACAACAGCAAACACAGCACCACAUCACAGAGAAGACUUUAGAGAUAAGAUUAAGAAACUGACGCAAGAGAUUGAUGAAAGUACUUAUUUAUCUGAAGAUUUAAAAUCUCAUUUUAAAAAUACAGCAAAAGGUUUAGAAGAAUUAGAUGAAGAAAGUAAAUAA